GUAAAAGAUAAAAACGCGUCAGUUGCGCCGUAACGUGAACAUUCAUUUCUGGAAUAUCGUUGGUGCUACGUAGAUUUUGUGCUCAGAACUCAGGUGACCAAAGUCGAUCAAGGAUGAAAUCAAUUAUCGCUCUGAUGAUGACAAUCGCCAUCGUACUUUCGACGAUGGUCGUGGCGGAGGAUGAAUACAUUCACCUGCCAGGUAAUAACUGUUCGGACGCACCGCCUUGUCCCGACGGCAGACCCUGCGUGAUGGCAUUACCUCAUUGCAACAGUGGCACUUGUGGCACGGAGAAGGUGCCGACAUGUGGGCCAAAACCCUAAACUCGUGAGCCCGAAGGGAGAACUAUGCCGUAUCUUCAAUUCUCUAUACUGUAUUCUUACGCUUCUUGUAAUUAAUAAAAAAUGUUGAGAAUCGUCGAUAGACAAUCACUGUGCGCUUAAGCGGUCCUUAGACGAUCAAUAUUAUUGCACAAUGUUGAACACAAAAUAAUACAUACCGUACGCAAAUAAUUAUUUGUUUCAAGUAUUUUAAAAGUUGAUAUCUCCACAAGUAUAUGUUAAGUUUAUCACUAGCUUUAAAUUGAUUCAAAAUAUGAUUUUGAAUCCGAAUGAGUUUAAUACUUUAAUCAUAUUAAAUUAAAACAAAUUCGAUUUGCUUAUUAUAUAUAAAAGUCUCUUCUUCGAUUAAUUUUAUAAAAUAUUUUUAGCUCUCAGUUACUGAAGGGGGGGUAUGGAAUAUUCAGAACGUUUGAAAAUUGUACAGUAUUUGUAAGAACCGUGAGAUGAGGGGACUUAGAUGUAUAUAUAUAAGGAGAUAAAAGUUAACUGUUCAACGUAUACUUUCCCCUAUCUAGCGUCGUCAGUUUGUGCGAAAAAGCGGUAGUAAUUAUGCUUUUUGUAUAAAAAAAUUGUGCAAUUUCACUUAUCGAAAUAAAUAUGCUUGCAUGGG